AUGUCUUCAAGCAUCACCAGUCCCCAGAUUGAGAACGAAACUGCUUCUGCUUCGGGCAGUGAGCGCAAGAAGCGGAACAAAUUGAGCUAUCCUAAGACGCCAGUGGCCUGCACAUCCUGCGUUGGAACCGAGCACACCCAGGAGUACCCCGACCGGAGCACCCGGUCGACUCAAGUCCAGAUGCAAAAUGUAUAUCAUCCACAGCACAAUCAGCCCCCGAGCGCACCAGCCCAAGCCUACUGGACCGCGAACCACCCUACUCAACUGAUAUACCAGCAGCAACAAUUCAGUGUUGCCAAUGCUUCUGCCCUGCCACCGCAAGACCCUCAGCUUCAACACAGCAACCAAGACAUCGGGUCACUGCGUGGCGCAGCACCACCAAGCUUUGGCAGCAUGCCCACGUCCGACACAGGCCAAUCGCCGAGCACAUAUCAACAAUACGGCAACACGUUUCCGAAGAUGCAAAGGACCAUUACCAUACCGGCAGUGCAGAGCCAGUCGAGCCGUGACAGAGUAGCUAUGGGCAUGCGGAGUAGCCCGCAAAUCGGAGCUGGACAGGCCCAAGGACAAUACGCGUACGAUCAAAUGUUUCCGCCACAGUUCACACACGGUGCUCCUUGGUACACUCCUCGAAAUGCUCAGCAAGCAUUCGGUCCACAUCACUUGCCUUCACAAGAUCAGAGUUGUGGUCACCCGGACUGGCAAGGCUGA